AUGAAGAAGCGGGCAGGUUUCGAAUCCGUUUGGACGGGAUGGCUGCUUGUGGUACUCUACUCUUCCCCCAGUUCGGCGGCCAGCGAAGGUUGUACCACGGCCUGCGAGACCCCCAACGUGAGGACGGUCCUCUUCAAGCAGACGGACCUGGUGAAGGAUUGCUGGAGCGACGAAGAGCUCACGCUGCUGUACACUCGCCGCCUCAUGCAGGAGCUGAUCCCUAAGAGAGUUCCCUGCAGGAUCCCGCUCCUGCUGGAGUACAUGAAGCUGACCCUCGAGUCUGCGCGGGAUGUGGCCUGUUCCGUCCGUGCGCAUCGCCUCAUCAUGCUCGCCAUCUCGGACGCCUUCGGUGGCUACCUACAGGCUUACGGUAUUCCGAUCACUAACUCCAAGUACUACGAGGGUACGGUGUCCUAUUGCACCGCGAGGCAGGUCAACGAGCUCCAGAGCGCCUACAGGAAGACCCUGGACACGGAUGGCGGAGGCUGGACUGGCCCGGUAUACGUCCGCCGCUCCAAGAACGUACAGCCCUUCGUGGUGUCUUCCUUCAAGUCCGCCUGUUGCUCCAACCUCAUCACCAAUUCCGACCUAGGCAAGAAUUCUGCAUUUUGUAAUGGUGGUAAUGAUAAUGGCAAUCAACAGCCGGAUAGGAUUCCUCUACCUUUCUUGGAUGAUUUGGCAAACCCUAGAGCAGUCGCAGUUCCUUUCAGAGAAAAAUCUUUAUACUCUUUGUUCAGUAGAAAUUCUUCAGAUAUCUUGCUACGUUAUUAUUCAAAUGCAUUGAGGUGCUUAGGACCUCCUCCUGAUCAGGCUUGCAAUGAUGUUUCAGCCAGUCCCUUAGCAGGACAAUUUCUUGAUUCUUACCACUCUUGGCUUUGCAAAGCUGUAGUGCCACACCUUCAUGAUGAGAUUUGGUACCCAGGGUUUGGUGGGGUCUAUAGAAUUCUUGAAGCCAUGACACAAAGAGGUUUAUCAAAAUGUGACGAUGGCCUAGGCCCUUUAUCUGAUAACUUUGCCUUACGUCUUGAUGAAAAUUGUGAAUGCGAGACGACUUCACCACUAUUCUAUCUUGCUGCAGUGCUAGCUCUCAUAUUAUUAUUUUGGAUAAUUGUGUGCCUUCUUUGUUGCUUGAUAAAAUGCUGCGCUUCUUCUUCUGAGAGUGAAACUUCUAGCAGUACAUCAACUACUAGUUCAGGAGCAUUUAUCAACACUUUAGCCACAUUAUAUUGCGAUACUAAAGAUAAUAAUGAAGCGAAAGGAUGUAAGAGCUCUUGUUCAACUCCAUUAUUGCUUGAUAAGCGAUAA